AUGAUUACUGUCGGAAUCUUUCUAGCUGCGCUGAUGGCGUUGCACCUUUGGCAUCGCAGCCCCACCAUUAUUAAGUGGCUUGGUAUGGCCAGUCUCUGUGUUGAUGUCAUCGGGAAUGUUCGCGUCAUCGAGGCUCUACCUGUACCUGUGGGGCAGGCAAUUUUCGCUACUGUCUUUGCUCUCUUCAUCGCGGGGCUGGCAAUUGACGAAAACAACAAGCCCGAACGAGCUAUGGUGAGAAUAUCUUUUCCCGGUUGUCGCCGUAUAUGCAAGCUUGUCGCCGCCAACAUUAAUUCGUCUGGUGCUAUCCAUGGAAGUGCAACCAUUGCCUCGAACGGAACAAUGAUCAUAGCACCGGUUAUUGUCAGCAAAAAGGGCACCAAGCCCAAACGAGCUAAAGUGGCCAUCGCCAGUAAAUCUGUUUCGACUCCGUUCUGGAAUUCCUUCAUUGCCAUUGCCAGUUCCUCUCUCAACUCGCUUUUCUCUCCUCGGCAAGCAACUGUUGGUGACGUUGCCAUGGGUGAGGGUGACAACACGAAAGGGCAUAAUAUGGACCAGAUUGAAAGGUUCACCGAGACCCGUAAGUCGCGUCAAGCUUGA